CCGCCUCCGUUUGCGCCGGGUCCGCGCUGCCGGCCGCGCUCCUGGCGCUCGGGGCUGCGGCCGCUCGGAGCAAUGAUUAACCCCGCGGGCCGGGCGGCGCGGGGCCCGGGGCGGAGGCGCGGGCGCGGGGCGGGACCCCGGGGGGCCGCUCCGCUUCCUGCUCUCGCCCAAGUUUCCUCGUAGAGGGCGCAGUGCCGGCGGGGCCCGCGGCGCGGCGUGGCGCAGGGCGCGGCGCGGGGCGCGCGUGGGCGCGGCGCGGGCCGCCCGGGUCACGAUGAGGACUCUCCGCAGGUUGAAGUUCAUGAGUUCGCCCAGCCUCAGUGACCUGGGCAAGAGAGAGCCGGCCGCCGCCGGCGCGGACGAGCGGGGCACGCAGCAGCGCCGGGCCUGCGCCAACGCCACCUGGAACAGCAUCCACAACGGGGUCAUCGCUGUCUUCCAGCGCAAGGGGCUGCCCGACCAGGAGCUCUUCAGCCUCAACGAAGGCGUCCGGCAGCUGCUGAAGACAGAGCUGGGGUCUUUCUUCACGGAGUACCUGCAGAACCAGCUGCUGACGAAAGGCAUGGUGAUUCUGCGGGACAAGAUCCGCUUCUAUGAGGGACAGAAACUGCUGGACUCGCUGGCAGAGACCUGGGAUUUUUUCUUCAGUGACGUGCUGCCCACGCUGCAGGCCAUCUUCUACCCGGUGCAGGGCAAGGAGCCGUCGGUGCGCCAGCUGGCCCUGCUGCACUUCCGGAACACCAUCACCCUGAGCGUGAAGCUGGAGGACGCGCUGGCCCGCACCCACGCCCGCGUGCCCCCCGCCAUCGUCCAGAUGCUGCUGGUGCUGCAGGGGGUGCACGAGUCCCGGGGCGUGACCAAGGACUACUUGCGGCUGGAGACGCUGAUCCAGAAGGUGGUGUCACCCUACCUGGGCACCUACGGCCUCUAUUCCAGCGAGGGCCCCUUCACACAUUCCUGCAUCCUGGAGAAGCACUUCCUGCGCCGCUCCCGCUCAGGGGACGUUCUGGCCAAGAACCCCGUGGUGCGCUCCAAGAGCUACAACACCCCGCUGCUGAACCCCGUGGCGGAGCACGAGGCCGAGGGUGCAGCAGCCGGUGGGCCUGGCAUCCGCAGGCACUCGGUCUCGGAGAUGACGUCCUUCCCCGAGCCCCAGGGUUUCUCCGACUCGCCUGGCCAGGGCCCCGCCGGGGCCUUCAGACCGUCUCCGGUGCCCCAGUCGGGGCCGUGCCCCAGCAGACUGUACCCACCCAGCCAGCCCCCUGAGCCUGGCCCAGGCGCGGCCCACGGCUCCCCGCCCUCCUCCAGUCCAGAGAACCUGGUGGACCAGAUCCUGGAAUCCGUGGACUCCGAUUCGGAAGGGAUCUUCAUUGACUUUGGCCGGGCCCGUGGCUCUGGCGCAUCGGAGUUCGAGGGGGCCGGGGGUCGGCAGAGCAUUGUGUGA